UUGCUUAUUCUGAAGCAAACAUCUGGUUGGUUUUUCAAAAAUAAACUAUACAUUUCUUUUUUUUUCACGAAAAAUUGUAUAUAUACGAAGUGCACUUUCUAAUAAUCUUUUUCUCAUUCUUAUUCAUUAUCAUUAUAUGUAUGAUAAUAAUAGUCAUAUCUAGAAAAAAAAUGUUACGUGUCUACUUUGAAUAUUAAUUAUUUUUCUGGAUUUUUUAAAUACUGUAUUUUAGCAUUUUUUUAAAUUUUUUUCGCAGAAUCUGCGAGCAUGAUUUUCACCCAAAAAUUGAGAAAAAAAUGUCCGCGAACUGCGCCUUUAAAGCCAGACUUACUCUGAGCUAUUAAAAAAAUUCUAAAAUAAUUUAUUCCAAAAGAGUAAUUUUGAUCAGUGUCUAGUCAUGGCGUUUUUCCCACACCCCACCUAGAAAUUUCGGAAUAAUUACCAGAAGACCUCAAGACCAUUUCUAGUUAACCAUAAACGUUUUAUUUUUUCUACAUAUUCUGUUGUCGCUAUCCUCUCUCUCUUAAAACAUCAUCAUCAUCAUCAUACAUUAAAGAUGACUUUGAGGUACUUUUCUCGAAUUGACUUCUUCCAUCUCAGUAAACACACUACACUUUUUUUUGCACACAACAAUUUUUGCUUUGAAAAUGAAUGUACUAUUUCGGGUUGGGACAACGUUAAUCAUUCAAGUUGCUAUGAAUUUUUGAAUUCAACCAGUUUUGGUGAAAAAUGACGCAAAAGGUGUUCAUUUUUUCCGUGUUGACUUACUACGAAAAAUUGAAGUGUGUUUUGUUGAAAGUUUAAUACUUUAAGAUGAUGAUUAUUUGUGAAAAGAAACAUGUUGGAAUUUUUUUUGUCUAGAAAGUUUUGUAGAUCAGAAAUGAUGUGAGUACAUCUGUAUUAUAGUGUCUUGGGGAUACUGUCAGUAAUUUUCAUAGUGCCAAAAACUGGUAAAUUGAGCUUUUUUGAGUACGGUUUCUAUGUAACGAAAAAAUUCUGAAAUUUUUUUAUCCAGUCAAAAAACCCAAGGUAUACAAAUUUCCAAGAUCUUUGAAUAAAAAAGAUCAAAUCAAAUUUCAAAAUUCUCUAUAAUUAUUUAUUGAUGUCUACAGUAACCCGAAUAUGAGUUUCGCCUUAUAUAAUCUUUGAAACUUUUUUCAUAUGUUAUGUUAUUUUUAGUUUUUUCUGCCCGCCAGCCCGCCGCGCCCAAAUUUGAUUUACUUUUUAUUUUUUCACUGUUUCACACCACACAAAUUACCAAACGUUGAACUUUGUUUUUUUCCUUUGGUCUUUUUUGGAUUUUUGUUGUCAGAGGGCAAUUUAGGUUUCAGAAUAUUCAAAAGUGGGGGUUAGGAUAGGAUGGGGGAGGAGCGAAGAAAUAGAAAAAAGAAGAAGAAGAAGAAGAAGGCAGGGGUAUAGAGUCGAAAAUUGAGACAAGACACACGAAAAAAGCUCCUUUUUACUCCAUGUUUUUUGCCCUUCGCGCUUUUGUGCUCGUCUUCAUUGAAAAUAGGAAGAAGAAAAAGAAAGGGGAAAAGAAAUAUAUAUUUUUUGCUUUGCUUUUUCUUUUCUGAUACUUUUUUGUCGCUUCUUUUAUACAUAUGUAUGUAUGAAUAUUCCACGAUGUGUCUAGAGACUUCUUUGUGAUUUUCAGAAUUUUUUGGGGUUGCCAGGAAAUAUUUUCUGUCGACACUCUCAAGCCGAAUCAAGAUUUUCCGAAACAGAAAAUCUCACGAUUUUUCAAAAUUUUUAAAGAUUUUUCUUCAUUUGGGUUUAUUUAGUUAGUCAAACUUCCUAUCAGUUGGAGUUCAAUAGUUUUCGAGAUUUUGUGAAUGAAAUUCCGAUAAAAGUUUUAGACUUUGUCUAAAAUUUGAGAUACCAUUUAUUUUUUAUCUCGAGCUCAUUCUGAGAACUGUGAAAGCGAACGUUUGCAUUCUAUAUCAUGAAAAAUUUAUAGGCAUCAAAAAAACAUGUUCAACUAGGUAAAGAUAAAUUAUCGGUGUAUUUUUCUAGUUGAACUUUCAGACACCACAAUUUUUCGAUUCAAAAUUUAUCGUUUAAAAAAAUUUGAGAAACUUUUCUGAAUGUAUUGAGAUUUCUAGAGCCUUUUUUUUUAAAUUCGACAUACCAAAUUUUGGUGUUGUCUAGACUAAUUCAUGUGAAUUUUUCAGUUUUCGAUUUUGAGAACAUCGUUGAGAUUUUUCAAAGUGCUUUAAGCAUUCGUGAAAACUGAAAGUGGAAUGUCUUUUUUUCAAGUUAAUCAAGAAAAAGUUAUUCGCAUUUUAAUGAACUUUUAGAUAUCUUUUGAAGCAUUAAGGCAUGAAUGUGUUGAUUUUUUUCCAAUGUUUUAUAUAAAACUCGGAUAAGUCAAAUUUAAUGAUUCAACCUCAAGGAAGUGAUAAAACGCGAAUAAUUUCGAAAAUCAUGACAUCAUCCUCUCGAAAAAGUGCUCUGUUAUCAGUAUUGCGUUUGAAACAUAUUCAUCUCCCUCUUUUUUCUUCACACCCCUAUUAUUAUUCCUAUUUUUCGAAUAUUUUCCACAUGUUCUUGACACCUCCGCUGAUUUCUCAUAAACAAUAGGGAUAGCAGUCGUUUUUUUUUCAAAAAUAAAAAUAUUUUUUGUCUUCUCCAUCCAACUUUUUGAAUAAUUCAUGCACUAAAAUUCUCAAGACGACGAAGCAAAAUUAAUAAAUAUAUAGGCAAAAAUAAUGAAAAAACAGAAAUGAUUUUUUCCUUCAGUUUUUCACGAUACCAAUUUUUAUUUUAUUGUUUGGAACAAAAAUAAAAUUUGCGUCACUAUUCCAUAUCAGUUUCCGUUUCUAUUAUUCCACGUUCAAAAAUCAACUUUUUUCCAUUUUCCCAUUUCCCAUUUCCCACUAAUUUGUUCUUUCAAAAAACUUUUUUUUGUUUCAGAAAAAAAAGUAAUUUAAAGUUUGUCUUCUUAACAAGAGACACACAAAAAUAGCUAGAAAAAGUAUGUUUCAAAUUAAUUUUUGCACCCCAUCUGGUUUUUGAGUGAGUGAAAGAGUGAGUGAACGUUUAGGCCUUUGCUGCCCCGAAAAAAUUGGAUUUAUUUCCGACUGAGUGUUAUUCGAUUAUUCAGUGCAUUUUCUAAAUCACUAUUUUUCUGUGUUCAAGAGCUUUCCUAUUUAUUUUCCCCCCAAUUUUCUCCAUAAAAUUUUUUUAUCUUCUUUUUUCUAGAUAUUUUAUUUUUUUUUAUUUCUUCAAGAAUAAAAUUCGAAUCAAAAGAUCACAAAAUUCUUGAAUAAUUAACAAUUCUUCAUCUUAUUUUAUUCUUUCUUCUAAAAAAUUCACUAAACGCAUAAAAUGCGCUCUGCUCUGCUCAUCUCGAAUUUCAAACUCACUCGACUCAAAUCGAAAAAUAAGAAAAAAAAUGACGACUUGAAAUAAGUGCACACGAAUUUUUAUGGUUCAUUUAAUUUUUGCCAUUUCUUGUUUGGGCCUGAUUUGUUUUAUUGCUUGUACACUGAAAUUUCUUUCGUGUGUUUCUCGUGAGAUUUGGUAACCAUGACAUUUCGAGGUAUACCGCCAAUUAAAAAAAUCGAGAUUUGAUAUCAUUUCGUAUUAUUUUUUGUUGAGAAUAACUAUUUCUCACGCAAUUUUAUCAGAAAUUGUUUUUUUUUUGCUAAAAAAAUAUUUCAUAAUAAGAAAAAAACAAUUUGCACUGAUUACAAAACAAUACUUUUCGAAAUAAUAAUUGUUUUUUUGUGAGAAAUGAUGUUUCAUUGUUGUUUUUCAAUAUUAAAAAAGUCUAGACCACCCACGAUGUUCAGAACCAUUUCCUAGACAGCAGCUGAUAUAGACCACCGAUGUUGUUUUUUUUUUUGACAAACAACACAUUUUUUCUGAUUUAAGGGCAUUUGAACUGUUGUUCUUGAAAUAAAGUACUACCCACGGGGUUUAAUUAAUUUUUUAAUUAAUCUAGGAAAAUUCGAUAAAAUAGCCACAAUCGUAUUAUGAUUGUUUACACUAUCCUCUCUUUAUUUUUGACCACCCAUGAAGAUUUCCUCCCCUAGGUCACAUGAUAAAUCAGAGGUCGAAAAGAUUAACACUACCGUAAUCUUUUCCUCAGAAUGCCACCCAUCAUAAUUCAAUAUUUUCCCACAGCAAAAAAGGCCUGGAGCAACAAAAAAUUGAGUGUUCAAAAUUAUAUGAACAUUUGUUUGUCUCCACUCUUUGAUGAAUUCGUAACGACAAUCGUGAGAGAAAUCUAUUUCCUGCUUUUUUUAGUUUGAUCUACUCGGUUUUUGUUAUUUUUAAAAUGUCGAAAAUAAUUAUUACUCUUUUUCUACACCUACGCUUUGUGAAGUAAACAUUGAGAAAAUUUUGAUUUUUUUGCAGUUGGUGAUGCAAUAAUGGGUUGUAUUCUUGGAAAACAUUGUGAUCCUGGAGUUCCAGACCCAUCUGUCAGAUAUCGAUGGCACGUUGAUGGUUUGAUUCUUGAUGAUGGACAUCAUUCAGAGGUAAAUAUUAACAUGAAUCUUGUUAAAAAUUUCCUCAAAAAAAUGAAAACCCCCAUCAAUUCAAUUUUCCGAUUCAAUUCAUUUCAGAUUCGACGCGGUGGACUCAUAUACAUUCAAGAUGAGGCAAUUUGUUAUCGGCCGCGGCGAUUUGAUUGCUCAAAAACUGGCGGAGCGUAUAGUGUCGAAAUUCUGAAUGUACAAAAUACGAGUAAAGGAAAAACUUAUACUGAUGAGGUUUGUAAAAAACGAAAGGGUAAUCUUUGAAAAUAGUCUUUGAUUUUACAAACAUAUAAUAAAUAAUAUAAUCCGGGAAGUGAAUAUUAAUUUUAAUAAGAUAUUAGAAACAUUUUUGCUUGGCCAAAAAUCAUAGAUUCAUAGAUACAACUACUACAGUAUCCUGUACUAUUUUUCAAAACUAAAAAAAAAUCCAAUAAACUUUUGGAAAUUUUUUCUCUCCCAUAUUUAGAAAUCGUAUCAAAAAUCUCAUUAGAAUAUUCUAUUUGCUACUUUCGUUUAAUCAAAAAGUGCAAAGAACGACAACUUUUCGCAUUUAUUUGAGUCUCAUGUUUACCCGAGCCAAUUAAAAAUUAAAUUUUUUUUUCAGCACAGUCGCCGGCAAAUUAAGAGAAACAUCAUUUGGAUUGAAGUUCAUGAAAAAGAAAUCAAUCAAACUUUGGGACUAGUAACGAUUGGAGACGUUGACAAGGUAACCAAUUAUAAUUUCAAAAAUAAUCGUCAGUAAGUAAUCAAUUUUUUUCCAGAUAUACAGCGAUAUAUGUGAUAUAAUUUCAAAACAUCGACAAAAGCCAAAAAUUGUUCAAUACAAUUCCGUUGACAUUGACGGCGUGGAAAUCGAGCCACUUUAA